AUGGUGACGGUGAAAUGUCGCCCUCAAUGGCACCAACAGGAAAGCGUGCGGCCAUCCCUCCAGAGCUGCCUAACAUUCACUAAGGAUGCCAUCAGAACGCAGCUAAAAGAUAUCGUCGAAUGCGCCACAAAGUACUUCUGUGCCUUGGCCCAGGGACAACCUCUUCCUGUCAGACCAACCCCUGAGCAAGUCAGUGCCACAUAUCUUACACCCGAGUUCCUGCAUCCGUUUCAGGGAAGGUUUGGCUGGAUCAAAUUCUUCACUCUGUGCUGCAGCUACCUGGGAGAGACCAUCAAAAAGGCAUUGACUCAUGCGUGCUACAUCAUGAAUGACCCUGCCUGUAUGGCCCCUGAUGCGUGCAUGCCAAACAAGAAAACCUUUCGUUACCUGUACACAUACACAGCUAUUGGAUGGGGAAAGACGAGCGACGGCGUGGUGAAGGUCUCUGACUUCAUCAACAGCUGUAAAGUGCGUCUGGGAUGA